GCUGGUGGUGGCCUUAGUAAGAAGAGUAAAGUAGAUGAAGAUGAAGAAGCUUGUCCUGAGACUGAGAAGGACAAUAAAGGAGAGAAAGAAGACAAUGGAGAUAAAGAUGAGAGUAAAAUGGAGACAGAAGAUAAAGAUGAAAGUAAAAUGGAGACAGAGGAAGAGAAGGCCCCAUCAGGAGCUACUGGUACUGACCCAGUAACAAACGAUCAAGAUGAUAGUAAAGAAGAUGAGAAGAAGAAGGAGAAGGAUGAAGAUAAUGGAGGAGAGAGUAGAGAAGACGGAGAAGAGACUAAAGACGAAUCAAAACAAGAUACUGAUACACCAAUUAAAGGGGAACAGUCCCAGUUUUGUAUAUCACGUGAUCCAGUUUGUGGGGCUGGCGGGCGCCGGACUGCCCACUGUGCAUGUGGCCAGUGUAUAUGCCGCGAGCAAUCCAGGCAGGAGCUGCUUGCAAUGGCUUGGUUAUUCGGUUCUAAAAAUCAACUGAAGGGAAGAGCCUUUCACCGCACUGUAUCAGUACGAGGUGAUUCACUGUAUGUGUGGGCUGGUGAUCAGGAUGGUUUACCUGGAGUACAUGAUAGUGAAGAGAAGAGAAGGAUCACUAGUAAUAUACAGCACUUUACUCCUUCAAGUGGUCAAUGGAUCACUAGAGCUACUACUGGUAUUCCUCCAUUAGGAGUAAGAUUGUACUCCUGUACUGCAAUAAAUGAUCAAUUGUAUUAUUUCGGGGGACGAUGUGGCCAUGAUUUCUGCUUUCACAACAGUAUUACACAACUGGAUACCGUUAGUCUUCAAUGGAGAGAAUUAGAACCAACUGAUGCAACUAGACCAGUUAUGAGGAGAAGUGAUGGUGGAAUGAUAUCAUUUGAGCAUGAUGGAGUACACCAUUUACUAAUGAUAGGAGGAGCAGGAUCUAAACCAGCUGUACAACUACCUCAUCAUGAAUAUAUUAAGUUUCCUGAUGGAACAUGGUUUACUAAUGAGCACUCAAUGUAUAAUCUAUCAUCAAGAAAAUGGAAUAAUCCUUCAAUCAUUGGUCAGUGUAUACCACCUGCUGCUAGCUUCAUCAUUGAAAAGAUCAACAACACUAGAGCUGUUCUGUUUGGUGGAGUACGGGAUGAUGCUAAGAAUACUGAUGCUAACAAUAUUUAUAUAUUAGAGAUAUCAAUCAGCACUGUGUUCUGGCAGUGUAUAAAGAAACCUGAAGCAAUAGACCAAUGGCCUGUGGGUAGAUGGGUUCAUGCAGGUGCUAUUAUUAUAACUGGAUCAGACUGUCCUAUGCUAGUGAUAAGUGGUGGGUUGGAUAAGAAUGAUAUAUUAGAUGAUUGUUGGAUCUUUAACAUCACUCAACAUUCCUGGAUAAAGUUAGAUGUACCUCACUCUGUUAGUAAGAGAUGGGCUCAUUCUCUCUCAGUGUUCAUUGUGAGUCCUCAUUGUGUCUGGAUGAUAACUGCUGGAGGAUGUGUUGAUAAGAGACAAGUAUUAGUCACUAAUCCUAACAUUGUUAUGAUAACUGAACUAGGUCAGUGUAUUAGCCACACCCACCAAUGA